AUGAUUGCCCAGAACUUCGCACCCCAUGCGGGUAUGGCUCCUGGGCAUCCAGGUAUGCCUCAUGGACAUCCUAUGGCGGGAAUGCAACAUCCAGGAGCUGGCCACAUGGGGGGACAACCCGGGCCUGGUAUGAUGCAGGGCAUGCAUCCAGGCGUCUCAGGGCCUCAGGUUACACAAGGACCUUUGGUAACAGGCAUGCCUCCAGGUGCCGGCACACCUGCGCCUGGUCCUAUGCACAACGGUACCAUGGCCAUGGCACAUCUUGGGCCCCAGCAAAUGUUUCAGCAGCAACACCCGCAAAUGAAUUUUGGUCAAAUGCCCAUGACCCCGCAACAGCAGCAACAGAUGAUCGCUCGACAGCGCAUGAUGCAGCAAAUGCAGGCACAGCAGCAACAGGGUAUUCCGAUGGGCAUGCCAAACGGAGCGCCGUUCAAUCAAGCGCAACUGGCACAGAUGAAGAUGGGUAUGGGGAUGCAUCCGCAGAUGCAGAUGAAUCCCAACAACGCCGCUCAGGUUCAGAAUUUCCAGCAGCAACAACAUCAGCAGCGUUUGAUGCAGCAGCACGCCCAGGCACAACAUGCAGCUCAAAUAGCCGCCCAGAGUCAGAGAGCUGCCGCGCACCAAAUGCAGAUGUCGCGGUCACAAGAACAACAAAAUCAAACCCCUGUCUCACAGCCUACUCCAGUCCCUCAAACGCAGGCACCUCAGCAGCCUGUGCCGACCUCGCAGCCUGUCCCACAACCGCCUCAUCCUAAGCCUCAGCAGCCACAAGCACAGGCAGGUGGCAACCAGCAGCAAAACCAAGCUGCCAACCAACCGGCGAAGGCCACCGAACCCGAAGAAGAACCAACCGUAAAGCAACAACAUGAUGUGCCCAGCACCAUGCUUAUGCCUCCUGACAUCCACAAGCAGGACGUGAUGAUGGGAGGCCAGUGUAUCCUGCAACUGAUCAUGUACCAGGACACACUUGCAGCCCCCGAACGGCCUAAUGACUUGGACUAUUGGGAUGGGAUUAUUGCAAGGUACUUCUCGCAGUUUGGUUCGAUAAGGCAGCAACUGUUCAGCAACAAGAAUGGUGUCGACAAAACCUUUAUGCUCCAGUAUCCCUGUUUGGCUCGCUACUAUCACACCCACUUUGCGAGUGGCGUGAAAAAGGUCUUGUUGCAGUCGUACGAUCACAACCAGAGCAAGCUACCCAACGGCGGUGUCCAAAUCUUCAGCGGCAAUGCCAGUCUGACAUAUGUCUUCAACAAUGAUAUCCGUGUCACGACGACGGGACAGUUGCGCGUCAUUUUCGACGAAAUGGCCAAGAUUGAACACCUCAACAUCAGCACAUCCGGAUGGCAAGAAUAUAUCCCUAGGAAUGCUCUUCUACAGCCACCCUCCCCGGAAACCAAGCAGAGCCCCAAAAUCAACAAAAAUGUCAAGCGAGCCCAAGGAAAAGCCGGCGGGGCGAACUCAGUGCCCACUAUUCCCAGCUCGGGAGUCGGCGAAUGGGGAGUGCCAAAUCACAUCUUCCAGUUUUUGGAGAUCGCGGAGGUCAUGACCGCCAUGGGACCUCUUAUGGAGUAUUUCCACACCCACCCGGGGAUUGGCAUUAAGGACACAUUGUUCCGGGUUACUCAAGAAAACGCCCAGGCUAUGGCUCAGGCCAAUAAUGUGCGCAUGCAGAAUCAAAUUGCCCGAGCCGCCAAUGCCCAAGUUUCAUAUGCUAAUGCCAUGAACCCCGGCAUGAAUGGUCCGACGAUGAUGAACUCACCGGGAAUGGGACAUCUGGGAGUUCCUCAAGCCCAAGGGUCACCUCUCAUGGGAGGAGGAGGAGGCCCUGUGCAUACCCCGAGUCCCGCACAGAAUCAGAACCCUUCAGCGGGUGGGGUUGCGAUGAUGCAUCAGAUGAGUGCUCAAGGCUCAAACCUCAGUGGAAGCCAGGGCCCAAGCACGAACACUAGCCCGAAUGUUUCGAACAAACGGCGACGAGCCAGUGCCGUCAAGCUCGAAGAAGAAAAUCCAGGGGGAGACUCGGGUGGAGCGAACAAGGUCAAGCCCAGUCCCAAGAUAGGGGGCAAAAGACAGAAAGGCGCUGCAGGUGUUGCAUCAUAG